AUGAACCAAUCACUGUCGCCGAGGUUCACAUGGCUGUGCCGUGAUUGGACAAUACGCAAGACGCUGACCAAUCCAUAGGCCGGUCGCGGAGGGGCUGGCCCGCUGUCGUUUUGGUGCGGUUUUCAAUUCAAAAGAGAAUGCGGACGAAGGCGGAAAUGAGUGCGGCUCCGGUACAGCGUCUACCGCCCAGCAGGAGGUUGCAACCCGGCUACCGAGAGGAAAGAAGAAAAAAAAUUGAGGUUCUUGUAGCCAAGAAAAUGGCUGCUCAGAAGAGUGUGUCUGAUAUUGGGCCGGAAAUCAGGUCCCCAUUAGCAGAAAGGUCCAACAGGAAUCUUCAAAAGAAGCCAGAACCAGUCAAGCCCCUAGAAAAGAAAAUGGCUAAAACUGAAAUUAUUCGGCCUGCAGUAAAGAACGUUGGAAGAACUUUAAGCCAGGAUUUCCUGAAAACAAAAACUCUAAAGAAGCAGCAAACUAACAAUGAGAACAUAAAACCAGAAGCCACAAAACAUGAUCCAAAACCGCCAACAAAACCUUUGCUUGGUGCUUAUCGGGGAAAAAUCGUCCAGUCAAAGAUCAAUUCAUUCUGGAAAAGCACUGAAAACCAAAAUGUGCCUGAGCCAAGUAAAACUGUGCAGAAAAGACAAGUAGAGCGGCCACAACACUCAACAUCAGUCCUAGCUAAGACCACGGCAAGACCUUUAGCCAACAACGUGAAACCAAGGCGGCCUGUGAUUCCACCAGUCUCCUCAAGUAUAAAACCAUCCACUACUGUGACAAAGAGUAGGUCAGAGCCGGUGACGGUGCGGCGCACCACACACGUUUUGAACCAACAGAGGUCAAUACAGCAGAAGCCACAGCCAGUGAAACCUCCGCUGAAAGAUGGAGCUGUGAAGAAAAACCUGGUGAAACAGAGUGAAAAAAAAUCUUCUGGACCUGCUAAAACACUUCCAGAACCUGCUAAAAAGAAGCCUGCGCCUCAGCCAACAGCAAGCAAGUUCUCAAGGCCAAAGGAGACGCCUGAAGAACGGAAGGCACGUCUAGAAGAAUGGCAAAAGACUAAAGGAAAAGUCAUAAAAAGACCUUCAAUGGCUACAGUCAUGCCUUCUGCAUCUAAUGUGCCGAAAGAGGAGACAAAAAUUAAAACCGAACCUGAGGAACCAAAAGAAGAACCACCUCGCCAGCUGUACUGGGCCACCAUGGCGGAAGAGGAUGAGCAGGAGCUAUUCACUCUAAAAGUUCGCCAGAUCUUUGGAGGCUGCCAGAAGCUUAUAGAUGAGGGUUGUCCAAAGGAAGAAGUUCUCUCGAUACUCGAAAAACAAAUACAAGCUGUUCCGGAAGCCAAGAAGCUUUCUGGAUACUGGGAAUGUCUUGCCCGUCUUGAGAAGCGGGAUGGGCAGCUCUAUAAAGUGAUCGCAGUCUGUGAGGAGGCUGUGGCUGCUGGUGCACAGCCUCUUGAAGAGCUUAGAGCAAUUCUUGCUGAUGCCUUGGAACAGCUGAAGCCUCCCCCUGAGGAAAGUGUGAAAGUAAAGGCAGAAGAUCUGAAAAGUGAAGAGCUUAAGGCUGAAGUGAAGGAGGAAACUGUAGAAACAACUGUAAAGGGGAGAAAAAGGAGAGGUAAAGUCAGAGCUGUGACAAACGAGCCACCGAGGAGUCCAUCCACUCCUGAAAAACCUUCCAGGCCAGAGUCUACACCAGAAAAUGGAGGCGCUACUUCAUCCGUCAUCAGAUUCAACGUUUGCACAACACCACAUUUGGAAAAAAUGAAGAAACUACAGAUGAAUGAAGGAGAAUCCAGCAUCAAGAGUUAUAAAUUUCUCACCCCUGUUAGACGGUCGUCCCGCCUAGAACGAAAGUCUCACCGAUUACCAGACAUGUUGAAAGACCAUGAUCCCUGUCUAUCUGGUAUCUAUCAGUUAGGAGACCUGGAGGAGACAGAGACCUGUACCAAUGCCUACAUAUUCCGAAAAAACAGUGCACUUAAUGAUAUUACUGCAAAAAGUGCAACAAAAUGAGCAUCCAUCAGACUGAAUAGCACUUUUUAUUUUAACCAGCCUGUGUAUGUACCCAGGAUUAUCUGCACAGUACACUAAACACUGUCUGUUUUAUGUGAUGUUGUCUCUACUAUACUACCAUUUGAUGUUUUUUUAAUUUUUUAAUGUCUACUCCUUUUCUUAUUACCAGUGGAAGAAAUACUUGUGAAAUGUGCUCUGAGGCAUUACCGUAUUUUUCGCCCUAUAGGACGCACCGGCGUAUAAGACGCACCCAAUUUAUAGGGGCAAAAUCUAAAAAAAUAAAGAUUUUGAACCCAAUAGUGGUCUUCAACCUGCGGACCU